GAGAGAGAUCCCGUUAAAAAGACAACCAUCACAAUAUAACAACAAGAAGCCAAAUACCAGUGACUUGAGCCCCAUUUACCCAUUAUUACGAGUCACACCAUUACUACAACAUGGCAGAUAACGAACGAUGGCUGACGGCGCACCACGACCCCCUGGCAGCGCUGUACACCUUCAGCUCCUGCAUGGCCCUGGCUGACCUCCAUGGCGACGGUGAGGCCAAGCUCAUCAUUGCCGACCUCGGAACUGGGGCUUAUAAUAUGAAGCUUAAGGUGUACAAGGGAACGAACCUGAUGUCGGAGAACACCUUGAUUGACCUUCCCACAGGAGUCAUCACCUUCCACAUGGACACCACAGAACCCAGAGUGCCAGCUGUCGCCGUGGCCUCGGGAAGUUACAUUUAUAUAUACAAGAACCUCCGUCCAUACUUCAAAUUCACUCUGCCGACCCUGGAGGUGAACCCGGCAGAGUUUGAUGCGUGGGGCCAGGCGCGGGAUGAGCUGCUGGACGUGAGCAUGCUGUAUGAGAUCCUGGAUUCGCUGCGGCAGGAGGUGGGGGAGUGCGGCCUGACCACUCGCUCCCAACGCUUCCUCAUGUGUCCAGACCAUGCCUCACAGACCGCCUUCCUCGAACAGCACAAGGGAUUCAUUCUCAAGCGACAGACAGUGGUGACGUGUGUAUCGACCCUGAAGAAGAGUCACGCGGAGGAUGACGCCAUCUCCUGCCUGGUGUUGGGGACAGAGAGUGCCAACAUCUUCAUCCUGGACCCAGAGGCAUUCACCAUCCUCAACAGUAUGAGCCUGCCGAGCGUCCCAGUGUUCCUCUCAGUGACGGGGCUGUACGACGUGGAGUACCGCAUCAUUGUGGCGUGUCGCAACGGCCAGAUCUACACCCUGAAGCGCGGCACCAAGAUCGGCCGCCCCACCGCUGAGCUCACCUCUCAGCCCGUCGGUCUGAUUCGCCGUGACAAGACUAUUAUUGUCGCCACCAUGGACCACCACCUGCACUCCUUCAAUAAUAAGGGGAAACGACUCUGGUGCAUAAGACUCCCAGGGGCGGUGCUGUGCCUGGAGUGCCUGGAGGUGCGUACGCUGAGCCUCACCCUGGUGGCACUGGCCCUGGCCGACAACCGUGUACUGAUCUACCGCGACAAGCACCUGGUGGACACAAUACACACUGAGGACCGGGUGGCAGCCAUGAGGUUCGGACGGUUCGGACGGGAAGACAACACGCUGGUUCUUGUUUUAAAAGGGGGCGGUCUGGUGGUGAAGAUCCUGAAGAGAACAGCUCGGUUUGACAUCCAGGACACUGAUGGGCCGGCGCAGGGGCUGGUGGUGAAGCUCAACAUUCCCAAGAAGACCAAGCUGUUUGUAGACCAGACCAUGAGGGAGAGGGAGAACUGUGUGUUGAUGCACCGAGUGUUCCAGCACGACCUGUAUCGCCUGCGCCUCAGCACCGCCCGCUCCUACGUCCAGGCCCUCGAGACCAGCAGCAACCCCAUCUCACUCUCACAGACCGAGCCCCUCAAACUCUCCGCCCAGGUGUUGGGUCUUGGUCCGACUUUCAAGCUGAGGGUGGAGCUUCAGAACACCUCCCCCUCCUCCCCCUCCCUCCACCUAGCUGUCAUCUUCCACUGUGAUGAUCGUGUGUACAGCGUCAACAAGUCUUACAUACAGAUCCCCAUUCUAGUCCCAGGCAUCAUCCACGUGGCAGAGACCCUGGUGACCUGCGUGUCAGAGCUGGGCAUCUCGGACACAGUGAGAGUGUUUGUGGUGAAGGGGAAGGCAUCACGACCCCUCCUCACUGCCCUUAUCAAUAUGCCUGUAGCUGAGGUGUUCAUGGCUGCCUAAGGAGGAGGAGGAGGAGGAGAGUAGGUAAAGAUGGAGAUAAGAGAGCAGAUAAGGAUUAGGAAAAAGAGGGGGAUAGAGUAUAGAAAAGAAGG